GACCUUUGUUCCCCAAGCGAGGGGUGUGGCCAAAGGACUCAAACAGGUUUAUGGCUGCCUGUGAGCAAGUUUCGAACCAGCCCAUUUGCAUGUCAAAACUGGAAUCCACACCCUCUACCUGCAGACUGCCACCAUGCUCAGACACCUCCUUGUCUUUGUCUGUCUCACCCGGCAGACAGCAGCUGUUCCAUGGUCCGAACACAGACUGUACAUGCAUAAAUAUCAAGUCGGGAUCAUCGUCGGGGGACGAAGGCCAGAGGAUUUUCACCAAGUGUGCUGAUGAAGCAUCCUGGAGCAAUGGACUCUCCAGAGUUCUCCUUGCUGUCGUCCUUGAGAGGAGAGUUUAAACCCGAGGAUUAUAUUCAGCCCCACUACAAAGAGUCGUAUCGCCAGGCCAUCGAUUGCCUGGUAAAAAACGGCAGAGACAGUUACCGGGAGUUCCUCAAGGGGGAGCGCAUCGGGAGCUUCCUCUCAGAGGAUGAACUGGUCUUUAUCACUUCAAAUGCUGAAACACCGCCGCCUCGAACACACACGGAGGACACCGAUGGUCCAUCAGACAACCAGUCAUCCUCAGGGACCUACUGGCCGUUGCACUCGGACGUGGAAACACCUGAUCUAGAUUUAGGAUGGCCGGACUUCCCUCACAACAAUCUACAGACAAAUAUAGACCUGCUCUUUCACCCCCCGAGACAAAACAGCCCCACCAUAAAAGAAGUGAUACGGAAGCACAUUCAAGACGCAAGACAGGUUGUAGCUAUUGCGAUGGACACAUUUACAGACGUCGACAUAUUCAAAGAAGUUAUCGACGCGUCUGUCCGAGGAGUUCCAGUCUAUGUGCUCCUGGAUCAUUUCCAUCUGAAACAUUUCCUCACCAUGGCAGAAAAUCAGGACGUGAAGAUUCCACAACUGAGGAACAUGAGGGUGCGCACUGUGAAAGGUCAGGAUUACCUCUGUCGGUCAGGAGCCAAAUUUCACGGUGCAAUGGAGCAGAAGUUUCUGUUGGUCGACUGCCACACAGCCAUUUAUGGCUCCUACAGCUUCACUUGGUCUUUUGAAAAGAUCAAUCUGAGCAUGGUGCAGGUCAUCAAAGGCCAUCUGGUGAAGCUUUACGAUGAAGAAUUCCGGACCCUCUAUGCCCGAUCGACCGUGCCAGCUCAACUGUGUCCUCCAGAGGGCUCGUUCCAACACAACGGUCCACAGGGGCGACAGGUUUUGCCCAAGUUACAUUCUGGCCAGAAAUUGGAGAGGAAUGACUUGUUGAGGCACACAUUGGACAACGUGUUUCGAAAAACCUGUGACAGAAAACUGGGCUUGAUGAACCUUGAAGAGAAGCUUCUGGAAGAGGAACCUAAUGGCAUCCGGCCUUUGGUUGAAAAUGGCAUAAAAGGCAAGCAAGAAUUACACAUGGUACAGUGUUCGGAGAUGAUGAAUCUCCAGAAGAGACACAGCUACGCUGGUGAGAGACAGGAUUCAUGCGUGCCACAGAACAUCAGGUCCAGAGCCAGUCACUGGAAUAUUUCCAGAGAUACAGGAACUGGACCAAACAACCCAAAUAUGGACGUUUAUUUACAGGUGCCUCAUACUUACAGAGGCCAGAACAUGUGUCAGUCGUACAACGACAGCGAUAAACCCAUUUUGUCCAUUCAGCAGAAUGUGCCGACACUGGAGAAUACUUCAAAGUCUUUUAUGCGCAAUUGGCGGAUUGAGUCUUACCUCAAAAACUCAGAUGACCCAUUUCAAGAGUCGACCGAUUAUUUAGAUCAGAUUGAACAGAUGGACAAACAUGGUUCAUUCAUGCAGAGUAGGACGAGGUCUUCGUUUGGUUUUAGACCCAGCAUACCAGAGCACAUGGAGCCAAAGAGACACAUGAACUUGUCUGCUGACAUUGUGCCCCAGCCGGCAACACACACUCCUUUGCACUACACCUCCAUGCAGUGGAGUCCAACAGCAGCAGGAGACAGCAGAGCAAACGAGGAGUUUAUGUUGAAGAGGCAGAGUUUGCAGAUCUUGGACGACAACCAUUACGAUGCCUACUUCGGUCCAGGGAGAAACUCCCAUCAAACAUUUUAUGCCAGCUUAGGCAGGAAUAAAGGUGGACACAUGAUGACCAACCCUGACCUCCUGACGGAUGGUUGGCAAAAACGGCACAGUUUAGCAGACCCAAGAUCCAACACUGAGUAUGCACCCGAACCCUCAGGACACAUGUACGGGGCUUUUGCAAGGAUGCAAAUAAACAGGAACGCGGCAGGGUUCAACGCACGCAACGAUGGACAUCUGUUGAGUCUGAACGAAGACCAAAGAUCUGUCUCUCAUUUUGAUGUCAUGAAUAUGACAAGUAAAAAUUGGCAAGAAACUCCAUCCAGGACUUUGUCUGCAGCAGCACUGGAGGAGAAUAGCAAGGAUUUGACAGGAAAACCCAACAGUUCCCAAAAUUACUCAAAGAAACUCGCCACUAGAAUUAAUUCCCUAAUAAACAUUCCGGAAAACAAAGAAGACUCAUUUGGAACCACGGGAACACCGAGUCUCAAGUCAACAGGAAGCACAGACACAAUAACAGCGGAGGAUGAGGAGAAGGCAUCGGUGGAAGUUGAAAACCCUCGACCAAACAGGUCUUACUUAGUCCGAUCUGCCUCUGAGCACCAAGACCACAGGCAUAAGAUUGAGCAAAACUCCAAAUCUCACUUGACGUCAGACGAGCCCCGACACACCAGGCAACUUUCUCUUCCCAAAACGUCCCGAUACAAAAAGCCCACCCUGCUGGACAAAAGUCCAAAGCCUUCAUUUGACACAGGCAGCCUGAAGCGGAACAAGGCGGCAGAGAGUCGACUGUACAGCAGGUUUGAGGGCACGUUACACAACACACAUACUCAGGACAAACACUUCACUAAAACUGACGCAAGUGCCGGGCCACACCUCGGCAGGACUUUACGUGGGCACCAUGAAAAUAAACUGGAGAAAUUCUUUCAGAGAGUCGGGAAUUUUAUUCACAAGAACAAGUAGCCGAGAGUCUGGUCAAGUAAAUCUGCGAAUGUGAAUUCACCCCACUGUUCGUUUACCGGAUGUUGAGUGAUCGACAGCCUCAAUGACUUCCUUGAUGGAAUAUUUUUCUUAGCGGGAACUUUUGUUUACAUUUGACCUCUGCUUUAUUGACACGUGCACUGAUGAAUACCAAAAGAGUAUAUUUACUGUGACUACAUACAGUACCAAAACCUGAAGAGUCAGAACAUUUUGGGCAGUUUUAGUCACUUUUAUCACAGAUUAUCAUGUAUACCAGAUACGUCCACAGGGGGCACUGGUGGCACUUGGUUAGGAUUGUGAUGUGGCCCACAACUCCAUCUUUAAUUUAUUAAUAUUUUCAGUGGUACACCAACUUCU